GGGAGAAAAAAAAUAAAGGAGUCUCCCGGCAGGCAGAGCAAUGUGGAGCUGGUGAGGACCGCGACCGGGCCGCCAGCAUCCCGCCGGCAGCGCGGCCGCAGCCGGGAGGACGAGCGCACCCUCCCCAGCGCGGAAGAGGCCCGAGAGAAGGAGGCUGUGAGGGCUGCUGAAGAUGUCCGAUAGUCUGGAUGUUGAAGAGAAACCUCCAGCCCCACCGUUGAGGAUGAACAGCAACAACCGCGAUUCUUCAGCACUAAACCACAGCUCAAAACCGCUCCCCAUGGCCCCUGAGGAGAAGAACAAGAAAGCCAGGCUUCGCUCCAUCUUCCCAGGAGGAGGGGAUAAAACCAACAAGAAGAAAGAGAAAGAACGUCCUGAGAUCUCUCUUCCUUCAGACUUUGAACAUACCAUUCAUGUGGGAUUUGAUGCCGUCACUGGAGAAUUCACACCAGAUCUCUAUGGCUCACAGAUGUGCACAGGGAAGCUCCCAGAGGGCAUUCCAGAGCAGUGGGCCAGGCUACUACAGACCUCCAACAUAACCAAACUGGAGCAGAAGAAGAACCCACAAGCUGUUCUAGAUGUUCUCAAGUUCUACGAUUCCAAAGAAACAGUUAACAACCAGAAAUACAUGAGCUUUACGUCAGGAGAUAAAAGCGCCCAUGGAUACAUAGAAGCCCAUCCUUCGAGCACAAAAACAGCAUCAGAACCCCCACUAGCUCCCUCUGUUUCUGAAGAAGAGGAUGAAGAUGACGAUGAAGAGGAAGAUGACAAUGAACCUCCACCGGUUAUCGCACCACGGCCUGAACAUACAAAAUCAAUCUACACGCGCUCUGUAAUUGAACCUGCCGCUGCACCAGCACCAGCUAAAGAAGCCACCACUCCCCAGCCUGAAAACUCAAACACAAGCACUUUGUACAGAAACACAGACCGGCAGCGGAAAAAGUCCAAGAUGACAGAUGAGGAGAUCCUAGAGAAACUGCGGAGCAUUGUGAGUGUGGGAGAUCCUAAGAAGAAAUACACUCGAUUCGAGAAAAUUGGCCAAGGGGCAUCAGGAACUGUUUAUACAGCAAUCGACAUCGCCACAGGACAAGAGGUGGCCAUAAAGCAAAUGAAUCUCCAACAGCAGCCCAAAAAGGAACUAAUUAUUAAUGAAAUCCUUGUCAUGAGGGAAAAUAAGAACCCCAAUAUUGUUAACUAUUUAGACAGCUACCUGGUGGGUGAUGAGCUCUGGGUGGUUAUGGAGUACUUGGCUGGCGGCUCUUUAACUGAUGUGGUUACGGAGACAUGCAUGGAUGAAGGACAGAUAGCAGCUGUCUGUAGGGAGUGCCUGCAAGCGCUGGACUUCCUUCAUUCAAACCAAGUGAUUCACAGGGACAUCAAAAGUGACAAUAUCCUUCUCGGAAUGGACGGCUCUGUCAAAUUGACUGAUUUUGGUUUCUGCGCUCAGAUCACCCCUGAGCAGAGUAAACGGAGCACAAUGGUCGGGACUCCUUACUGGAUGGCACCAGAAGUGGUGACAAGAAAAGCAUACGGCCCCAAAGUGGACAUCUGGUCUCUUGGGAUCAUGGCAAUAGAAAUGGUGGAAGGAGAACCUCCGUACCUUAAUGAAAAUCCUCUCAGGGCGCUGUAUCUGAUAGCUACCAACGGGACACCAGAGCUGCAGAACCCCGAGCGACUCUCCGCUGUAUUCCGAGACUUUCUGAACUGCUGCCUGGAGAUGGACGUGGACAGGAGAGGGUCUGCCAAGGAGCUGCUGCAGCAUCCAUUUUUAAAGUUAGCCAAGCCUCUCUCCAGCCUGACUCCUCUGAUCAUUGCAGCAAAGGAAGCGAUUAAGAACAGCAGCCGCUAGCGCUCCAGGCCGGUCUCCCAUGCCAGCUCAGAGCAGGACUGAGAACAGAGACUCUGUGAAACCUCAGCUCUUGUGCUGCGGGACAGGAUGGAUGCACACACCAACGGUCACAGUCACGGAGGUAGGAGGGAGAACAACCCAGUCCCUCGAGGAGUAAAACUUAUCAUUUGUCUUCUUCCUGCUUUCUGGCUCCUUAAUUUAUUUUUAAGAUGAAACAGGGCUUAAGACAGAGAGGUGAUGACCGAAAAUGCUUUGCUGCCUCCACCAUUCCCAAGGUAAAGCAAGUUCAGUUGGAAGAUUCCCUUCCUUCUCACCCUGUGAAUAAGCUGUACAUUCUCUUUUAAAUUGUCAGUUGUUUCUUAAAGACAGAAAGUCCCUUUUAUGGGGUUUUUUUGGUACGGUUGGAAUUGGAGAAGGUUCUCCUUCAUUCAUAAACUCCAGACUGCACUGCCUUUUGAAUAUGGCCCCCUCGCUGGUAUUUGCCCAGUCAUGGUACUUGCAUUGUAUUUCCAACCAAAAACCCAUCAAGAGUGGGGCAGACAAAACAUCCUGUUGAGAUACAGGUUUUCAACUGUGAAUAUGUAGUGUUUCGGUUCUUGGCAAUUUGGUUUGUAUAACUAAUUGUAAUCUGUUUGCCUGGAUGCAAGUCUUACUGAAGUGAAAAAGCAGAAAGGUUUCUGAGCAGACUGUGCUCAGAUAGGGCUUGUCUGAUGUAAAGCUGUAGGAGAAGUGUGAGAGCAGGCCCGGCCCUGCCUAGUGCUGAGCCCCAGCAGACCCCUUGCAGAGCACAGAACAGCCUUGGCACCCGCAGACCCAGGCCAGAGGAAGGUUCUUGUAGCAGCAGGUGACCACAGGCUGGGGCUGGGUUCAUCCCUCUUCCUGGGACCCGUGUCAGAGCCAAACUGGCAGCAGGCUGCUCCCAAGGUGAAUCCUGGCCAUGCUGUGGAAUGCACAGGCUGGAGGGAUUAGCUGUCUUGAGUGUGUGCAGGAAUAGAGAAGGGUAGAACAGAGCUGAGUGGUGGUGUCACAUCAGGAUGCCUGCUUUCCCAGUCUCCUGGAGCUCCUGAGAAAGGUUCAUAGUGUCUCUGGGCAGAAGGGGAGGAGGGUGUCAGGCUCAUGUGCAGGUGAGUGUCCUUCAGGCACACGAGUUCUGAUAUGGAAACUCAGGCUGACAGUGUGUGAAUGAGUGAGUGAGUAGCAGCUCGGAUCCCCAUGGCCAGAGCCGCAGACAGCUCUGGAGGGAAGUGUGUUAAAACUAGGGGCUCUAAGCAAGAGCCAGCAUGUGAGCUGCAGAGUGCUUUACAGGCAGAGAGGCACUGGCUGCAGCUCUGAGUUGCUGGGAGAGAGGGAAUCCUGAAUGUGAGGAUGGUGCUUGACUAGUCCACUGGUUCGUAAGCAGAGUUCGCAUACUCUUUGGAGCAGAAUAGUUGCAGUAUGCAAUCUGUGGUUUAUUUAUUUAUUUCUGAAAGAAAGGUGCAAUGUGGCUUCACUCAGAAAAAGCCAUGUAGAAUUCCAUAUAGAAUUCCAUUCAGCUCCUGCAUGCACACCCGGAAGCCAGCACGGGGUGGAUCUUACAGCACUCUCACUUGUGUCCAGCACUCCUGUACGUACGUGUGUGUUUAUUCCCCAUCUCUGCACACAACUGAAGCCCAGUAUUUUUAUAGCUGUUCGUGCUGAGUUUGAGACCAGUCGCUGCAUGUCAGCAGGUCUUUCAGUCAGUCCUGUCACCGAAAAUGAAGCACAUUCCAGUCACCACAAGAAGGGAAGUAAGUACCUAUCUGUCUCCUGUCCUCUAGUUGUAGGAACAUCCCCAUCCCCUGGUGUCUAUAUGGCAGUUAGUUCCAGUAUAUAUGGUCAGUGGUGUGGCUACAGAGUAUUCCUCACACUGAGCAUGUAAAUACCCAUCUGUCCUAGUCCAGGCCUGAGCAAUGAGCCAGGGCAUGCUCUGUAACCUAUGCUUACAGAUGUGUUCCCUUGCCUGACACCCAGGACAUGCACAUGAACACCAGCUUCACCUUGCUAGGUGUUAGGGAGUUAGCGGUCUGCACACCUUCCCAGUGAACUCUUGUUCAUUCAUGUGCAUAUGUGCAGCAACUUAAUGGUGGGUGAUGGGGAAGCUGAUGAAGACCCAUAAUGUAAGUGUUCAGCUUUUCUUCUCCCCCUCUCCUGACCAGGUAAAUAUCUUUAAUUUUAGCUCCAGGUUUCAGGAAGCAGGCAAGGGGCCACCUUUCUGUUGUCCCACCCAAGGCUGCUUUGAGUGGGAUGUGCAGUUCAAAGAUUCUUCAAACUUUAUCCGUCCUUGAGCUGACAGGGUAGUUUCUUUUUGUGGCUGAAACUUGCAAGAUCUUGCUUACACAUCCUCUCUUUGGAUGAGUUUAGAGCUGAUUGCUGUAAUCCUCAGCAUGCAUUGAGUGUGUAAACCAUCAGUCGCCUGAGCCUACCCAUGAUAGUGACCUUGGCAGUGUUGGGUUAAUGGUUGGACUUGACGAACUUGAAGGUCCUUUCCAAACUACAUGAUUCUGUGAUCCCAGCUGCUGGAUUCAUCUAGUUCCAAUAUUAGCAACACUGGUUUUAUCAGAAAGUUUACUCUCAACCAGGUCUUGCAGUCUAAUGCUACUUUAGCUACUAGUGCUCAGCUGCUAAUGCUAAAUGAGACUAAGAAGAAUGCAGUUAACCACAUUUUGCUGUAACAUUGAGGGAAGAAGUGAAUGAACUGAGACCAUGAGUAUUAUCUGUAUGUCACCUCCUUUCUCGUCUUCACUCCUUUCAGGGCUUGAAACAGAGAAGAGUUUCCCUGCAGAGAGAAACUAAGCAGUGUGUUACCUUUCACAGUCUUGGUCUUUCCAGUCUGUGCUUGACUGAUUCUGUCACUCUUCCUGUGCUCUCUAGUCUUCCUCUGCUUGGUGGCUGCUAAUCAACUCUGCAACUGGCUUAGAGGACUUGAGAUCCUCUUUUCUCUGCCCUUAGAACUCCUGCUUACAACAGCCUUUUCAGUCUGUAAGCUUGGUCUGGAGAGGGAGUUGCCAAUCCCCUUCACUUAGUGCAUCAUCUCCAAGAACUUGGGGCCUGACAUCUGAAGGCCAUCAAGGGCUCCCAGGUGCCUCAAGCUGACAUGAUGCUAUUGCAGAUGUCAGGGAAUAGUGGUAGGUGAUUUGUUUUAAAGUCUGGUCCUUUGCUGCUGCACAGUAUGUGCAUCAUGGGGUGUGUGUCAGCCCAGCCACAGACCUGGGGAUUAGAUACAGACACUGCUGUUACUCCUAGUGAGGUCAGUGAGAGUUUGGCUGUUGGCUUCAAUGAUGGCAGAACUGGUCACCUUCUGAGCUGGUGCUGGUAUUGCCCAGAGCACAGGGGCUGGAGACAUCCUGGGUGGGAGGGAGCUGCCUGUUGUUGUUGUUGUUCUCCAUCAUGCAAAAUGUCCAGGUCAGAAGGACAGCAAACAGGAAGCAUGCACAUCUCUUACAUCCAUGUCCCAGCAGCCCUUUGCGCUCCAGGUCUGUAAAGGCAAUUGCAUUUGUCUAGCUGUUUCUAUUUGUGUCAAGCAAUGCUGCUAAAUCAGUCUGUAGCACAGCAACGGGGAGAAGAGCCUCUGAGCUCUUCAGGGGCCACUCUCAUGAGCCACCUUGGCAGGUAUGCAAGUGGAAAGCUGCUGCUGUAGCUGGGAACGAGUAGCAAAGGGCUGCGCACACCGUGGCCCCACUGAUGAGAACAGCUCCUUGGGCAGAGCCCAAAGCCCAUGUGGGAAUUACUGGCAGCUUUUGUGGCACAGGAGUGUGGUGUCUGCCCUGAGGAUGCUGUGAGUACAGGCACACAGGUCAGGAAGAUCUGCAACAGAAUUCCACAACUCUUGACUGGGUCAGGAUGUAACCGAUGUAAAACUCCAGUUUAGUCCAAAGCAACCAGUUUACACCUACGCUGGUGUCUGCUAGAUUACUCUUUUUCUUCAGGGUAUCCAAACAAAAGUAAAGAGAGGAGGAGCCUACAUUGUCAUCGUUAUCAGAAAUGUAUCUAUCUCAUUUUGCCGUACAUUCCUUUUUUAGGACGUGUUAUCUGUUUAAAAAAACAAGAAAAAAACAGAAAAAAAAGAAAAAGCUAAAAACAAAAAACAAAUGUGUAGUGAAAAAUCUGUAACUUUGGAUCAAGAGGUAACGGAUCUUUUUAAAAGGAGAACUAAGUUAUUUACUUUGUAAAUGUGCUGAUGGCAUGGAUCCAUCUUACUGACCUCAGCAUCCUUUUUUUUAAGAUUUUGGGUUUUGUUUCCAAUAUUAAGUUAUUUUAAAUUGUGGUUGAAGCAAUAGAAAAUUGAAAUAUGGAUUGUGCAUGACUGUGUCUUGAGUGUAAAAAUAUUGCAGUUUGAAACUUGGACCUAAAGUAUUGCAAAUAAAAGUUAUAAAUACCA